UCAUCUGGAGCUGGUUUCGGCAGUGCAGUGGGGCAGUUGGGUCGAUCAGUGGGACGUUCUAGCCGGUGACGGGAAUAUGAAGCUUAACAACGUUGCUAGAUACCAGUGGACAGGACGACUGACGAGUCUGGUGCUGCUUCUGCUGACCAGUGAUCAAAUAUUAGCACAUGCAACAGCGCAGACUACCGGGCUGGCCGCUGCUCCUCAAACAAACGCCACCUUGAUGGUGGCCGGACAAGGUGGUACCUGGACGUGGACGACCAGGGAGAUAAGGAGAGACAUACCGGGCGUGUCAUGGGCCACCCUUGAAGUCACUUGCUCAGAAGGUCUGUACCACUGCGGCGACGGACGGUGCUGCCACCUGGCCGAGUCUGGUGGGAGUCGGAAAGAAGCCCGGCCGACUACAGGUGGCGCCCUGAUCGCCGGUGUUCUGCUGGUGCUGCCGCUCUGCUGAUCAACUGAUGAUUGAGUUGAGGAAUUGGAAAAAUAAAAACGUGUUUUAGGUA